AUGGCCAUAUAUUCGUUCUGGAUCUUUGAUAAGCACUGCAAUUGCCUAUUCAAUAGGGAGUGGACACUCGCAGCUAAUAGUUCAAGUGGGACUGUGAAUUCAAAGCAAAAUGAAGAAACAGCUAAGCUACUUUAUGGUAUGAUCUUUUCGCUCAGAUCCAUUACCUUAAAAUUAUCCCAAAGUCCGCCAGCUAAUGAGAUUAGGAGUAUCUCGACGGGCAAAUACAGAGUGCACACUCAUUGCACAGCAUCUGGGAUGUGGUUCAUACUGACGACAGAUUUUAAGCAGCAGUCAUACGGUCAGGUUUUGCAGUACAUUUACAGCCACAUCUACGUGAAGUACAUAACGCAUAAUCUGUUGGCUCCGUUUGACUUAGCAGAGAAUCCUAGUGAAACAAGAGGUCAAGGUACAAGAAAGAUUAACAAUAGACACUUCAUAGCGGCAUUGGAAUCCUUCCUAGCACCAAUGAUAAUGCAGUGA